ACUCGGUCUGGCUCUAUCUCUAUUGUAUUUGAAAUUUUAUCUGUAUCUUUUAUCAACUGGCUAUAAAACGCAAAGAGGAAGAAGUAUCUGUAUCUUUCUUUUUAUACAACAGGUACUGCAGUAUUAUCCAAUGGAGGCAAAAUGGGGGAAAAAAGGAUAAAGAAAACAUUUUUUUUUUUUCUAAUUCUUCCUAACAGUACACACAUUUAGUAAAUGUGUAAUUUUGCGUGGAAACUCAUUAAGUCGUGAUUCUUAAUUGGCUUCACUAAGAUUACUAUUUGUAAUAGUUAAUGCAUAGUGUAGAAUGUACAAUUCUACGAUAUGGAAAUGUACAUUAAGAGCAGAGUUUAAUAGACUCGUGACGCGAAGGCGCUUUUGGUACGUGAAAUUGCGAGCAGAGUGGGAGCUCCUCCUAUCACGCAACAACCUCUAGACUGACCCCCUCCUUCACACCAUUAUCACUGAUGGCCGAUCCAUUCAUUGACCGCAGCGAGUGGACACAGGGGUAGAUACGAACGAGAUUACAUUAAGAUAAACAUUGGAUGCUCGGCCUGGUGGUGUCAGUUAGCAUGCAGUCACCCGUGGACGACGCUAGCUUCGGUAACGUUAACCUCGCCAGCAGCGACACUCUGAACAUCUUGCCCUCCUGUGAGUUGAGAGAAAGAGAAACCUGUUCUGACAAGUUUUUGGACACCAUGGCCCCACACCCGGUCGUCCAGGCCAUCAUUGACCUCUCUGCAGGAGCCAUAGGGGGAGCUGCAUGUGUCUUCAGUGGGCAACCUCUGGACACAGCAAAGGUCAAGAUGCAGACCUUUCCUACACUGUACCGGGGUUUCAUCCACUGCGUUGUGUCCACCUACAAACAAGUGGGUCUUCGUGGUCUCUACCAGGGCACCACGCCGGCACUGAUGGCCAACAUUGCAGAGAACUCUGUGCUCUUCAUGAGCUACGGCUUCUGCCAGCAGGUCAUCCGCUUCACAGCUGGACUGCACAGUGAAGCUGUGCUGAGUGACAUGCAGAAAGCCUGUGCUGGCUCAGUAGCAUCCAUCUUCUCCUCGCUAGUACUCUGCCCCACCGAGCUUGUCAAGUGUCGGCUGCAAGCCAUGUAUGAAAUGGAGGCAUCAGGCAGGAUAGCUAAGAGCCAGAACACAGUGUGGUCAGUGGUGAAGUCCAUUAUGAGGAAUGAGGGGCCGCUCGGCUUCUUCCAGGGCCUGACCACCACCAUAGCCAGAGAGGUCCCUGGUUACUUCUGCUUCUUCGGUGCCUACGAGCUCUGCCGCACCGCCUUUGCAGACUACUUGAAAUGUGACAAAGAUGACAUAGGUGUGGCUCCGAUUGUGUUCAGCGGUGGUUUCGGAGGGGCAUGUCUGUGGCUGGUGGUCUAUCCUAUGGACUGUGUCAAGUCUCGGAUCCAAGUCAUGUCUAUGAUGGGCAAACAAGCAGGGUUUUUGAAAACCUUCAUGACCAUCGCACGUAGUGAAGGUGUGAGGGCACUCUACUCUGGUCUUACCCCCACCAUGGUCCGCACUUUCCCUGCUAACGGGGCACUGUUCCUGGGUUAUGAGGCCAGCCGGAAGCUCAUGAUGAAGCAAUUUGACAGCUAAAGGGGCCCAUACGCACAAAAGAAUGAAUGAGCGGUGAACUGGUGUUAUAACCAUAUAACCUCAUCAGAACACCAGUUGAAGCUUUGAAGCUUACUAUGUGUAGGAUCUGGUUUUUGCCAUUUCCUGCUUUUGUUAAACUAACGUAAAAACUGACACACUCUGUCUUUUGAACUUAAAAAACACCUUUGACAGAGCGUUUACAUCUUUUAAAACCUGAUAUGAAUUUAUUUUUAGAUCUGAAUAUUCUUUAUUUUUAACACUCCAAAAAUGCAUCAUACAGUAUAUGAGAAAAACACAAGAAGGACCGUACUUAGCAACAUCAACCAGCCUCUUUAUGAGGGAAUGUCAGUACUCCAGUUUCUUAUUUUAUGUCUACCUCAACUAAGUAGUAUCCGCACAGAAAUAUUUGUGUCUGCCAGUCAUGAGUAGGAGAAGUAAUCCAUUAGGUUGCAAGGUUAUUUUAAAUGCACAAAAUCUUAAAACCUUACUUGAGCUCAUUGCAUGAAAAUUUUAUUUAAAAAUGUGAAGUGGCAUAUAUAAAUUCAUUUAAGUUGCCUUAAAUAUGCUGUGAUGACGUCUUUUCAAUUGUGGAAUUAUUUACAUUUUCAGAGCAAAG